UAGAAAUAUUUUUGGCGGUGCCAAAAAUAUUCAUAAAUCAAAAUUUUCAAAAAAAAAGAAUGUGAAAAAACUCCAAAAUGGGUGCACAAAAAUAUAUUUUGAUUUCGUCGCUUAUUUUGUUGCUUAACGUCCCUAAUAUCGCUUCGGAUCCAAUAAGAGACUUGGCUGUUUUCAACCACCUCGCCCAAACACCGCUAAAUGUGUUGGUUCGGAUUUUCGCCCCCUUGCUGAUUCCAUUUUUGUUGUUAGCUUUGACCGCAAUUGGCCCCCUUGGAGUGAUUGUUUUGACAGUUGUGAAUUACUUUGCACCGAUUUUAACACCAUACGUGCCCGUAAUAAGAGACAUUUUGAAGAGAAUAGUGCAGAGUAUAGAUCCAGUACUUGCUCAGUUGGUAAAUAUCGGGAAUCUUCCCCUUGAAGCGGGGGCAAAAAUCUUGAAACUUUUACCGUUUGUGUUACCACUUACCGUUCUAUUACCAGCUUUUGGGCCUAUUGGUUUUGGAAUUUUAUGGCAGGUCUUAGUGAAAAAUGGAAUUAUACAAAACUUGUUAGGUAACAAUUUGUCAUUACCCACUUUGGCACUCAGUUUGAUUAUUUUGACUUUGUUGAAACAUUUAUUACCCAACUUUUUACCAAAUAUUGGGCAAUUUAUUAGGACUGUGUUAGGGAUUUACGCUUUAUUGCCCGAUUUUGUACCACCUGAUCCUUUUACUACUACUGCAAUUUUCGGGGUUUCCCUAUUUUUGACACCGAUUAUUACCCUGGUUCGAAGUAUUUUGGCACCAGGAGGAGGGCUCUUGAACCUUUUAUUCCACCUAACUCCGAUUCCUCUUCUACUUUUACCACAAUUCCUUCCUCAAAUAAUUACAGCAUUAGGACCUUUAGUACCAAUAGUACUCACACCAAUUCUUAUACUCAUUUUUGGACCUUUGCUUUUACUUCUGGGACCACUUUUACUCCCAGUACUUUUAUCCUUUUUACCCGGAGCUUUAGGACCUUUAUUAUUGCCCUUAUUACCUAUGUUACAACCGAUUAUAGCCCCACUUUUGCCCUUACUAGCACCGCUUCUAACACUCUUAAAUCCAAUUUUACCUAUUUUGGCACCACUUUUACUAAUUGGUCCUAUUUUAUUGCCUCUAUUGGGACCACUUUUAGGCUUUUUGGGACCCCUCUUUCCUCUGUUUUUGGCACCACUUUUGCUAAUUCUUGGACCAUUACUGGGCCCACUUUUAGCCCCACUUCAACCUCAUCUGGCUCCUCUAUUGGCAGCUUUGGGUCCAAUCGCUCCAGUUCUUGGACCCCUUUUGCCUAUUUUAGGCCUCCUUGGGCCUCUUUUGGGCCCCUUCCUUGGAAUACUAGGCCCCAUAGCACCACUUUUACUCACUUUUCUUGGCCCAAUCUUAGCACCAGUUUUCGGGCCAAUUGCACCAAUUUUGGGCUUGGUGGGCCCAAUUCUAUCACUUGUGGGUCCCCUAUUUUUAUCAAUGUUCGGCGGUCUAGGGCCAUUAUUAUUGCCCAUUUUACUAAUCUUCUUGGGCCCACUUUUAGGACCUCAUCUGGCUCCUUUAUUGGCAGCUUUGGGUCCAAUCGCUCCCCUUUUGCCUAUUUUAGGCCUUCUUGGGCCACUUUUAGGACCCUUGAUUGGACCAUUCCUUGGACUACUAGGCCCCAUAGCACCACUUUUACUUACUUUCCUUGGCCCAAUCUUAGCACCAGUUUUCGGGCCAAUUGCACCAAUUUUGGGUUUGGUGGGUCCAAUUCUAUCACUUGUGGGUCCCCUAUUUUUAUCAAUAUUUGGCGGUCUAGGGCCAUUAUUAUUGCCUAUUUUACUAAUCCUCUUGGGCCCACUUUUAGGACCGCAUCUGGCUCCUUUAUUGGCAGCUUUGGGUCCAAUCGCUCCCCUUUUGCCCAUUUUAGGCCUUCUUGGACCAUUCCUUGGACUACUGGGUCCCAUAGCACCGCUUUUACUUACCUUCCUUGGUCCUUUGAUCGGGUUGCUAGGUCCAAUAGCGCCUCUUUUAGCACCAUUUUUGGGACUAUUAGGGCCAAUUCUCUUACUUCUAGGGCCUCUUGUUGGCUCAAUAGGACCUGUUCUAGGUCUUCUUGGUCCUGUACUAGGACCCUUGACACCACUUUUAGCCCCAAUUAUAGUGCUUUUAGGACCCCUUUUAGGCCCACUGUUUGCCAUUCUAGGACCAAUACUACCUUUUGUACUUUCUGUACUCGGAAUUUUAUUAGCACCUCUACUAGGUAUACUUGGACCCAUUUUGGGACCAAUUAUACUCAUACUAGGACCCCUCCUUCUCGGUGUAUUAGGACCAGUAUUGGGUUUGUUGGGCCCAAUGCUAGGAGGUGUUCUGGGACCUGUAUUAGGCCUACUAGCCCCGUUAUUGGGACCAAUAUUUGGUUUACUAGGUCCAAUACUAGGCCCAAUUCUUGGUAUUUUAAAACCGUUUUAAAUUGUGGGUAAUUUGAAUUGUUAUUUCAAGUAGAUAGAUUGUAUUUUAAUAAAAAUGUUGAAGAGAAA